GUGGCUCGUGUGACGCCUUUGAUCCGCCGCUCCUUCCACAAGACCUCCUCUUAAGGCCAUGGCUAUCGACAAUAAGCACACUCAAACUUCUACUUAUUGCGCCAAGACUAACCUUCUCCGGCUGAUUUUUCUCGUGAGGCGAAUCAUCAUGAUCAUGAUGCUUUACUGUCCACCUCUCUUAUGAAACGCAAUUGUCCUACUUCUAUGAGCCUACCGGGUGCGUCGAAAACCAAAAAAAAAAAAUUUUAACUAGCUAUUUACCUAGCUAUUUUAAGUAUAUAUAUAUAGAUAUUAACGCGCGCGCGAGCAAGGCACGAGACGCUAGUCGCAAGGCUUCGCAGAAGAAGGCAGGCAGUCCGGCUUUCGCAGGCUAGCUUAGACAACGCCCUUUUAAUAUAAUCCCCAUGCACACCACACACGGAAGACUAUUUGUUGGCCGAUGACCCGGGUCAAAACGCUAGACCCGUAAUGUUGUGACAAGUCGGUCUGCUGAUUCAGGAUUUAGCUGCAUCAAGUCGGCACUUUGAAGAGGUUUCAUAAGCGCAGCGUUCCGUUUUUUUGCUCGGAUAUCCAUCGCAGACCCAUGUCGGACAAUCGUGAAGAAGUCAGAUGUUUCUGA